CGACGAUCGGGGGAGGCUUGGUAACAGCGGGUGGUGAUUCAGCCGGAUCCUCCACUCAGCUAGCCGUGGAUUGCCUGCCUGCGUUGCGUUCCCAGAGCGCAGUCUAGACGGGCGGUUAUGGAGGGGGGGGGAGGGAACGAGGAGGAUUCCUCCUCACACCCUCUCAACCUUCCCAACCAGACUCGGCCAUUCAGCGCGCGUACCCAUGUCCGGGAUAAAGUCCUGAACAUGCAGAGCCUCCAGCCGCCAACACCCCGCCAUUUGCGAUCGGGAUCGCGGCCAGAAAAGGAGGGGAAAGCGGCGGAUGACGAUGAUGGAGGGGGAUGGGCAUUGGGAUUGUCUGGUACGCGGAAGAGAGGGGGAAAGGACACGGCAAGGAAAACGAAGAGAAAGGCUUACCUGAGAUAAAGCAACAGAUAGGAAAAGGUGUAUUCUAUAGUCUGACAAGGAAGAAAAGAGAGAGAGGUUAGAAGGGAAUUGAAGGAAAGUAGAGUUGAAUGGAGGAACAAAAUUGGGGGAGGGAAGAUUUG